GGGUGACUAAACUUCAGGUGAAAUAUGCUUGAGUGACCUUGGCCACAAUAAAGGUGGGCUAAGUAGGUGAUUGGUUCCGCAUUUUACCUUUUCCAGUGCUUGUUUAGUGGUGUCUCUGAGCCCAACACUUAUAUAUAAUUGCUCAAUGAAUGGAUUUAUGAGUCUCGGAAUAUUACGGUACUUUUAAAUCAAACUUCACACCUCCCUACUAACAAUUCUAUUACAUUACACUAUAACCUAAUAUAUCUAUCUCAAACAAGAAAUCAAUAUUCUAAUUAUUAUUUAUUUAAUCCAGGUGUUACAAUGAGUUAAAAUAAUCCUUCUAGACUUGAUUUAGACGUAUUAAGUCAGUCAUUUGUUUAGAGAUGGCGGGAAGAAGUGUAAACAAAACGACUUGAUGAUGCCUAGAAGGGCAAGGACGACCUUAUCUGUUACCUUUAUUAACGACAAAUUAGUGGAUAAAAUUAGCAAUGGAACCGAUGGGAAGAAAGUCACACCAAUACCUCUGUCACAACGUGGUCGCAGCAGACACAGGAGUGCUCAGACCCCUGCUGGUGACAAUGAUGAUUUACCUCAACUAGAAGAAAUGGAUGAAGGAAUUAAUGAUGUUUUCUUCAAGCCAACAGAAUUAUUUGAAGAUGGAGAAGACCCUGUCAAAGGAAGCGCCGUGUUUGGCUUUCGCACCCCAAAGAAGAAGUGGGGUAUGCUAGAAAAGGCUGGAUCUGCCAAGAUGCUCGAUUCUCCAUCAACACCCAAAAUACCAAGAUCUUCCCUGAAACAUUACCCUGAUUCACCUAGGACCCCCAAAACCCCAAGAUCUUCCCUGAAACAUUACCCUGAUUCACCUAGGACUACCAAAAUUCCAAGAACACCGAAUUCAGCAGCAAAAAAUGGAUUCAGAACCCCGAAGAGUCACCAGAGGUCGUCAGAAGUCUUCCAGGAGGUUACAACACCUUACAACUUCAGGAACAGAGUAAAACACCGUAUUAAAAAAAUAGUUUGUGAGGAGGAAAGUUCAUCAGAAGAGGAUAGUGAUGGAAGUAACUAUUCUUUAAGCGAGUCUGAUGAUGAUGACGACAACGAGAGUAAGGAGAACUUUGACGACUUCUCCGAGAGUUUCAUCAGGACCCCGAGCAGAACACCAAAGAGAACACCUAUUAGGAAAACAUUAUCAAGUAGUACUCCAGGAAAGACUCCCUCUAGAACCCCAGGGAAAGUUGGAAGAGGGAGGAAGAUCAAGGACGUGGAAAUGGUUGGUCGGUCAGACGAAUAUUUCAAUGCAAAUGGAGACUUAGGAAAAGUAAUCACCUCCGACCACACGCUCAGUCGCCUGGAAACUCCCAGAUUAGCACCGGACGCUCUUCAGUCAAUUCUCUUGGGUGUAACGGCAACUCAUCAGGCAGAGAGAAAGGCAUUGAUUGAAGAACACAGACAGAUGUUCCCUCGAUGGAUGACGUUUUUAUGUGAAGGCUUCAGUAUAUUCCUGUAUGGUUUCGGCAGCAAAAAGGACCUGUUAUCGAAGUUCCAGCAAGAAUAUUUAGACGAAUACGACCACAUUGUCGUUAAUGGAUUCUUUCCGUCGCUUACACUAAAAAAUAUUUUAAAUAACAUAACGGAAGAUAUCUUAGAUCAAUCCGGCAGCUUCCACAGCAUCCAAGAACAACUCGAAUUCAUUGAAGAAAUCUAUAGCAAACCUAAUGCAGAAUCCUUAUUUAUUAUCAUCCACAACCUAGAUGGCCCUCUGCUUCGUGGAGACAAGACCCAGUCAGCUAUUGCCCACUUAGCCUCAAUCACCAACGUUCACCUCUUGGCGUCCAUUGAUCAUAUCAACGCUCCUCUCAUAUUUGAUAGCGGUAAAAUGAGCAGCUACAAUGCUCUCUGGUGUGACGCUACAACGUUGGCGCCUUACUCUGAGGAGACAUCUUACGAAAAUUCCCUGCUAGUACAACAGUCAGGAUCUCUGGCACUGUCUUCGCUCGUUCAUGUCUUCAAGUCAUUAACUCCAAAUGCCAAAGGGAUUUUCCUGCUCUUGGCUAAACAUCAGCUGGACCAGAAGGAUAAGUCCAACUAUGUGGGUCUAUCCUUCAAUGACAUGUAUCAACGCUGUCGGGAAGCCUUUCUGGUUAAUUCUGACCUAACCCUACGGGCCCAGCUCACUGAAUUUAAAGACCAUAAGCUCAUCCGUUCCAAAAAGGGACCAGAUGGAAUCAAGAACCUCCUUAUAUCCUUAGAUUCAACCACACUUCAGGAUUUCAUCAGUCAACAGGAAUUAGAGAAUCUUUGAUAAUUGUAUGUUUGCUACAUGUACUGCAUCUGUUUUGUGUGAUUUAUCACUUUUAUGAUAUAAUUGAAUUUAUCACCCUAUUUAUAUUAUGGAAUUAUAUUUUUAGAGUACAGUAUGUCCUGUUAUAAGAAUUUGCUUAAUAACCUGAAUCCCAUUCUCAUGUUGUAUUGAGUGUGUAGUUUUUAAUGCAUAUUAUUUUGUGUGUUACUACGUAUUUUAAAUCUUUUACAUUGUACAGAACCCUUCACAUAUAUUAUUUGGUAUGAUGGUUUAAUAUGAGUGAUGUGGUCUGUGCCUGGCUGUGUGGUUCCUAUACUAAUGUACAAAGUUACGGCAGGUUUGGGUUACUUAGAUGAAUACAGUAGAUACGUUACUGAGAAUCACCUAAGAUGAAGAAUGUUUGAGUAAGAUGGCUUGAGAUUGUUUAGAGAAAUGUAGGAAUGAGUUGAGGGUUCAGGAAGUGCUAGUUAUUUAGACAAAAAUGAAAAAGAUCUAAAUGAGAAAAGCUUAUCGAUAAAUAGAAAAAGCGUCUGAAGUUUAGUUAGGGAAGUGCAUGUAUAGUGUAAACAAAUGCUCAAAAAAUUUAAACAGUGGAUUUAUUCAGGAGCUACUGUACUUUAUUCCUACACUUCAUUAUGUAAAUCAGCAGCAUCCUGUGUGAGGGGCCAGGCCAUUCAUCUAUCAUCCUGUAGGUCAGUACAACUUUGUUAGCGACUUGGGCAGUGGUGGUGGUGGUGGUGGUGGCGGUGGUGUCUUUGAUGUUAAUUUGUUAUGUUAUUUCAGAAACAUUGUGUGUGGUCAUGUUCACCGAUACACAAAUAUCAACUAUCUAUUAUGUGUAAAAAAAACUGUAAGACAAAUUGAAGCAACUGUAGUACAAGUAGCAGGCAUGGGGCAAUUAUUUAACUUAAUCAUACGAUUAAGUUAAAUUAACUUUGCUUAAUUAGUUAACUUUUGAAAUAACACUUUAACUUAAUUGAUUAACUUCGAUUAAUUACCAAUUAUCUCCUUAGAAAAAAUAAACACAAAUAAUAUAUAACACACCAGCCCUUGAGUAUCCAAUGUAUUUAUUUAGCAUUAUAAAGUGUAAUAAGUAUGUGAAGAAACAGUUUGAGUUUAAACUUUCAGUGAUUAUAUUUAUUUGAUAUGCAGAAUUCUUAUCUUAUCAUGAUAUAAUUCUUCAAGUAAGAAACCUGGUUUUGCAUCCUGAAAUAAUUAUAUUAUUUACAUGAUAAAAACUAAUUAGUAAAAAUUAAAAAAACCAAGACUUUAUAAUUAUUUUAUCUCAAGACUUAUUCAUACCAAGGAAGUUGUGUGCCAAACUGCCUCACUAUUCAGGUUAUUCAAACUACAGUACUACAGUAUUCAUUGACUCUUCUGGAAAACAUUUACAGGAUAUUAAGUUAUUUAAUCCACAUGAAAAUUCCCCUAAGUAAAUUUAACACAGACUGGUUAACUUAACUUAACUUAACUUAAUUGAAAAAUCUUAACUUAAUUAGUUAUGUUCAAAAAAGCAGGUUAACUUAACUGGAAAAAAUGAAAAUUAACUUAACUAGUUAAAUUUUAAACUUAAUUGCCCCAUGCCUGACAAGUAGUACAGUAUACAAGUUUGUAAAUAUGUAUAGAAUGUACUGGGAGCAUUGUACAAUUACCUGUAUCUUGAUACCUGUACAUGCAACCUGUAUAAAUUUUCUAUAUGGUUUACAGAUUUUUUUCUGUUUUUGACUGAAACUGGUACAUCUGAAAUAUAUUUUUAUAAGAUCUUUAUUAUGUAAAAAUAUU